GGCCGACUGCCUGUCCUCGUCGUUCAAGUGUACCGGUCCACCCCUUUUCGCCGGCCCAUCACCAUCAACACCAACAAGACUUCAACAUGACUAAACGAACAAAAAAGGUCGGAGUUACCGGUAAAUACGGAACGAGAUAUGGUGCCUCUCUCCGUAAACAAAUCAAGAAGAUGGAAGUGACCCAACACGCCCGUUACACUUGCACUUUCUGCGGCAAGGACACCGUCAAACGAUCUGCCGUCGGUAUCUGGGACUGCCGGUCCUGCCGCAAGGUUAUCGCUGGUGGUGCCUGGACCGUCUCAACAACCGCUGCUGCCACCGUCAGGAGUACCGUCCGACGUCUGGCUGAGUUGCGAGACGCCUAGUUCUCGACUUCCUGACCUGUUCCCCUCACCUAUGCAAUGACACAUGCCCCUCCAAACCAAAUUUCUCAGCUCUUGUCAGCUGCCAAAGCUAUGAUUCAGACCGUUCUUCUUGUUUAUUGAUGACACCUUAGUGACAUCCUCAAUGAACGCAAUUUCAGCCGAUCGCGGUGCUUCCAACUGAG